UUCUUCAGGGCUUUAUUCUCUUAUGAUGGAAGCAAUGAUAUGGACAGACCUGGUGAAGCUGUCUCCUUCCAACAGGGAGACAUACUUCAUGUACUCAAUGGCAGUGACGAGGAAUGGUGGCAGGCAGCACUAGUGGGGCCUUCAGCUGAAGAUGGAGUACAAGGACUCAUACCAAGCAAACAAAGAUUAGAGAAGAAAGCUCGUACUAGCACAAAGAAUGUUAAAUUUGGUGAACCAGAUGACAGAAGAAGUAGCUCAAUGUCCACCAAGCUGAGGACCAGCUUUAAGAAGAAGUUAGGAUUUGGUAAGAGGAACAGUUCUCCUCAGACAAAUGCUACAGCGUCUUCAGUUGAACAAUCGGAAGAACCACAAGAUGAGGAAAUGUUGAGUUUUUAUGAGCCGGUCACACUACAGAAGAGAGGGUACGCUAGGCCAGUCAUUGUAUUGGGCCCAUUGAAGGAGGACAUCAAUGAUAAACUAGUUAAUGAUUUCCCUGAGAAGUUUGCUGGCUGUGUACCACAUACAACACGUAAAGCACGUCAAGGUGAAGUAGACGGACGUGAUUAUCAUUUUGUUACGAGUGUCGAGCAGAUGGAGAGAGACAUCCAAGCCCACCUGUUCAUUGAAGCAGGAAGAUACAAAGACAACCUUUAUGGUACCAGCAUACAAGCUGUUCGGGAGGUCGCUGAACAGAACAAACACUGUAUCCUUGGUGUGAGUGGUUAUGCUAUCAAGCGUCUCCAU